AUGGCUGCCAUAAGUCUCGCAAUUAUCGGAAAGAACAACGAACCUCUUUUCAUCAAAGAGUUUUUUGAUGAGAGUAAUCGCUGCUCGACCAAUUUCCUCUACGAGGAAGAGCUUUUCGGCUUACCACCACCCAAGGAUCGCCCGCCGCCAGCCUGUUCUCUGCGCCAGCAAUUCAUUCUGCAUUCUGCUUUAGAUCGUUUCGAACAACUGGCCGGACCAUCUCCUGGCUAUGCGUGGCGAACAAUCAAUGCUUCGGGGACUGAUGCAAUGUUUGUGGGACUGCUGUGUCCUGUUGACGACCUCCGAGUGUACGGGUACAUGACAACAACGCAAAUAAAAUUUAUUUUGUGUGUCGAAGAUGACGCACUCCCGGAUGAUCAACCAAGUGUCGACGAAAUGAUCAAACGCUUGCUUUUCAAAAUCCACAGGCUUUACGUUGAGCAAACUCUGAACCCUUUCAGUUCCAUGGGUGCUCCAAUCUCGUCUCCUCGAUUUGAAUCGCAAUUGAAAUCCACGGUAACGGCAUACAACCAUGCCGUCGCCCGCUAAAGCAUACGCCUCUGGGUCAGAAGCUGUAUUGUUUAACUGUAAGUUGCGGAGACGAUCGUUCUUCGAUACUACCAGGACAAACACACGUAUCCUAUU